AUGGUAUUGCGUCCGAUAGGAAUUUUGAUCGGAAAGGUGCUGCUAGACAACGCCGCUCGUAGAGCAGGACCUGCUCAGGUAGUCCGAACGUCCGCUACGUUUACGUCCUAUCAAAAUGUCCGUGCUAGGAAACGUGUUCUUCGAGAGACUAAUACAAACCCAUUUGAAAGAGAAGAGGUCUUAAACCGGAUCGGUGGAAAUUGUAUACGCAGAACGCAUACGCAGGUGGAGCGCGAAGCGAAACUUCUUCAAGAAUCUCUUGAAAAUGAAAACUGGGUGGCAGUGUAUCGUUAUCCACGAAUACGAUUUGCUGUGAUCCUUGCCAGAGCCAAACUAAUCCAGACGGUCGUCACAGUGUUGUAUUUGCCUUACUCCUCGUAUCAGUACCUCCUUGGACAUGUCGAUGUGUCAUGGUUCUACACAACGGCUGCUCUCGCUGUUUUGGCACCUAUUCUCCUUGCAGUAUUCAGCAGGUAUUUGAAUAGGCUGAUUGGAGUAAUAGCAAUGAAUGAGAGCAACGAUUAUGUUCGAGUCGGCUAUUUGUCGUUCUGGGGUGCGCGAAGAAAUAAGUAA